CACGAGCACCACAUCAGCGGGAAAACGGUGAUGCCGGACCGCCGAUUCAAGGGCAUCACCGCGACGACGCUCAUCCUCUGCCUCCUGCUGGGAAUCGUCGUUCCAAACGUUGAGACGAUUCUAGGGCUGACUGGGUCGACCAUGGGCAAUGCAAUCAACCUCAUCAUUCCAGCCCUUCUCUUCAUUCUGCUGAUAUCCAAGCAGACGAGUGAGAAAUUUAUGGCUCAGUUUGUACUCGUCAUGGGCAUCGCCAUCUUCGUCGCCAGCACCUACGUCACGCUGAACUCGGCGCGGGAGAGCGCAGAGGUGGCGCCGCCUGUCGAGGCGCGAGCGGACGUCGCGAUGGUCGUGGACGACAAUAGAGCGGUGCAGGCGACCAUCGUAUACUUAGCGGACAUCCUUGAGAAGGAGAAGAAGAAGUUGGAGGGUGGCGACGUCAAACCCGACGGAGACGGGAAAGCCAACGAUGAAGACAAAGAGUUGCUAGAGAAGAAAGUGGAGAGAGAAGCCGGAGAGGAGGGCCUGAGGGAGAAGAGGUUGGAACCGGCUAUCCCGGAGGCACCCGACGAGCCUCCCAGAAAACAGGAAGGGAAGAGCGAGGUGAAGGACAGCGAGAGUCGCGACAGAGACGGCAACAAUGCGGGCGACGACGAGGAAAGGAGAGAGGAGCCGCUGGAGAUUGCCGCGGGGAAGGCAGACGAACAGGUCGUCGCGAAAGGAAACUCGGAGAAGCGAGCGGAGAAACUGAGGUUAUUCAAGGAGAAGGCCGGAAAGAAGAAGCAGCAGCAGAAGUGGCAACAGGAGGAGGAGGAGGCAGCAAAGGAGGUGCUUAUCCCGGUUGACGAGGAGGAGAAGGCUGAGAAGGAGGAGGAGGAGGAGGCGAAACAGAAGGUCGCAGAAGAGAAGCAGGAGAAGUUGCUGGAGAAGCUGGAGCAGCAGCAGGAGCAGCAGCAGCAGCUGAUCGUUCAGCAACAGCAGAUCAUAGAGGCGCUGAAGAAACACAAGGAGGACGACGACAAGGAGAGCCAAGACAAGGAAGACCAAGCGAAGCUGGAACUGCAGCAGAACGUUGUUCAGCAAAAUGUUCUGCUGCAGAAUGUUCCACAACAGGAUGUUCCACAGCAAAAUGUUCCACUGCAAAACGAUCCACAGCAGAAUGUUCCAAUGCAAAACGUUCCACAGCAAAACGUUCCACUGCAGAAUGUUCCUCAGCAAAAUGUUCCACUGCAGAAUGUUCUACAGCAGAAUGUUCCACUCCAAAAUGUUCCACUGCAGAAUGCUCCUCAGCAAAAUGUUCCACUGCAGAAUAUUCCACAGCAAAAUGUUCCACAGCAAAAUGUUCCACUGCAGAAUGUUCCACUGCAAAAUGUUCCACAGCAAAAUGUUCCACUGGCAGAAUAUUCCACAGCAGAAUGUUCCACUGCAGGAAAUGUUCACGCAAGUCAGCAAAAUGUUCCAGCACAAAUGUUCACUAAGGCAAAAUGUUCCAUUACAAAAUGUUUCCACUACAAAAUGUUCCACAGCAAAAUGUUCCACAGCAAAAUGUUCCACCCCAAAACGUUCUGCAGCAGAAUAUUCCACAGCAAAAUGUUCCACUGCAGAAUCUUCCACAGCAAAAUGUUCCACAGCAGAAUAUUCCUCAGCAAAAUGUUCCACAGCAGAAUAUUCCACAAGGAGGGAUGACAAUCCAGCAGGGAGCAGUGCCAGUAGAUGCUAAUCAAGCCUUAAAACGGCAGGAAGGAAACCUUCACCCUCUGCCGAACAUCAACCAAAACUUUGCGCCGCAGAACAACGCUCCUGCACAGAACAUCGACGUCAACGUCAAACCCGCACUCAACGCCGACACUGAAUUCGUGGUCCGCGAAAACCUUCCAGCACUGAACGCGAAUCGUAAAGCCGUGCCCCGGGAGAAACCCGCGUUGAACGCUAACCGUAAAUUCGUGCCCCGACCCGACCCACGCCACGGCGCGGCCGCGGCUGCCGCGGGGGCCGGGGUCCAGCAGUCGAGGAAGAGCCUCGCGCUACCCGGCAAGCAGGACGUCGGUCAAGCUGCCCGCGUCGUUCCCGCCGUGCCCGAAUACGUCAGCCUCGGCUCUGACGAUGCAGACCGGCCGCUAGGGGGCGCUAAGCGAACGGGCGAGGACGUCCUUCUUCAGGACGCGUCCGCGAGGAGGGUUAGCGCCCCUGUCGGUAACGCGAUCGGGGAGUAGGAGCGAGGGUCGCGUCUAGUCUCCCGCGCGGCGAUGGCGAGGCGGUGGUGGGGAGGGGUUCCAACGUGAGCGAGGUGCGGGUCGGAGAAUUCCUCUGCAGACGAGGACUGCUGCGAUCGAAGCCACUGCGCUUGCGGUCAACGGAGACCCAAGGUCACGGUCACAGUCAAGGUCACGGUCGUCGUCGCGAAACCACGAAGCUGCGGCGUUAUGACCGCAGAAAGGUGGCGUAAUAAAAGCAGCGUUUGCGCGUUUCAAGCGUUGAGAUGUGCCGAAGGUGGCUCAAUGGAGGAACCGAUCGUGUUUGAAGCGUUGAGAUCUGCGCGAACGUGCUUCCUAUGGCAACGUCGUUUACUGUGGAGUCUCGAUGACAUCCGCGUGGUUCCACGUCGUCUGCACUGACGUCAUCAGUUUUUGCGUUUCUUGCGGCUGACGUAGCUGGGGGCUGUGCAGUCCCCCCCCCCCCUGCUGCAGCAACGGUCGCUAUGUGGCUAUGGCGCUUGGUGUGAAUACUAAAGCUCGCUUGGUUGUUAUUAUAUGGCGUCUUUCUGACGGAAAACUUGCUCAAAUGAAUGGCACGCGGGGCUAGAUCGCCUGACGGUUAGGCAAUGCCUCGCAAGCUACGCUGAAACGCUUCACUCGUGUAUCAAGCAGUAUUAUGGCAUCGUGUUGUCACUGCUUAGUCAGACGUACUAUCACAUAUGCAGUUCAUUUGAUCGCGUGGCAUGUAUCGGUAUUAAUGUCUAUACUGGCGCAUCUUGAUUGACAGUUUUCACACGUUGAAACAGUAACGACCAUGACUUUUCUUCGAAAUAAUUUCAAACUGUUUGCAGAGUGAGCUCGUUGUAAGGUGAGAUCGUAAUAUAAUGGCAACACUAUUAACGGGCGUUUUGUCAUUGGUGUGGUCUGCAAAAGCAGUCUAGCAGAUACACUGACUGCACACGUGGGGAGAAGAUAGGGGCAGCAGUUCAGUAAGCAUUUAUUAAGUAGUUAAUAACAGCAGUUAUUAAGAAAGCAAAAUCCAUUCUUCACGUGACAAUCUCGAGGCCUGCUGAUGGAUCUAUGUUAUCAAGUGGAGUUCAGUUUAGUUUUUCUCGCUUCUUUGUUGUAUUCAAGCAUAGUAGGUUUUUAUCAUACAAGGUGGUUUUACUCGUUACAAUUACUUUGAAAGUUGGGUUGGAAAGCUAAGAGCCGAAUGACUAUAGGCUUAUGAGAGAAAGUGUCGGGAAGGAUGAGAUGAGGUGCAUAGGGGCCUGAUGUUAAGUAAGCACAGGCUACAGGACAAAUACACAACAUAUAAGCCAAAGCGCGCGCCUGUAUUCGUCGUGUACUGACUUUUAAUGAAACGCCCCCUGUUUGUAUAUAUAUAUAUUAAUUAUAUAAGGAGUGGUAUGCCAUUUAAUGAAAUCGUGAGUCAAUGGUGUUCAGCAGUUGUUAUUAUGAAAUCAUUACCAACUGUAUGUGAUAUUUAGUCUAAAUACAGUGAUAACAAAUAAAACCCCUGAUGAUAUUGUGGACCGGGCCAUUUGUCUAUAUGAUGAACAACAUAUAUAAAACAAUGUCCAUGUAUGUGGGUAAUAAAUUAUUUUUUUAUAUAUGAAAA